CGUUUCGCCCCAUAGAAAUCGACAACCCCAUAACGUUUAUGGGUGUGCGGAUUUCUGAAGUUGGAUUUCCCGCCCUCCAUUACACACACAGUCGUGAGGGAUGGGCAGCAGUGGAUGAUAUCUGCACGACUUACUGCAUAUUCAGGAUAGUGCCACAGCUGAUGCGAAGAGUGCUGUGGUUGGUUGGCAGAUUAACUACUAGUCAUUUACCAUCCAGCUCUCGGAGUUAACGGAUGCUGGCAUAACUUCUGUGCUCGGCAUAUAAUCUCGAUAUCAAUUCCGUUGGUCACUGCUCUGAAGAAUGCCGAUAUUCAAAGCAACAAAAUGUCCUUCGGACGAUCUCUCGUUGAGCAACUGUGCCAUUGUAAGUCCCAAGGACUUCACAAAGGAUGUCAAGCAUGUUGUUAUACAUACGGGACCUGGUCGCAAAUACAUAUUCACGAUACGUGUUGACAAUAGCAUAAAGCAAGGAUACGUGGGUUUCAACUUGCCUCAGAGGAAGUGGGCAGUGUUGUCGAUAAAUCAGGAGAUAGAUGUGGAACCCUUUCGCUUUGAAGCGCAGCGACAGUACCUCAGCAGCAUCACGAUAGAGGCUGACUUCCUCCAGAAGAAAAAUACAACCACUGAUCCAUAUGACACAGAGAAAAUGGCCUUGGAAUUUGUUAUGUGCUUCCCAAACAUGGCGUUUACUGUUGGGCAGGAGUUGGCAUUUAGUUUCCGUGACAAGAAAAUGCUCAGUUUGACUAUAAAAGAAGUUGAAGCAAUAGACAUAAAUGCAGUGCAAGCAGGGAUGCCAGCUAAACCUCUGAAGGUAGAGUGUGGUCAGAUAAUGCCCAACACGUUUGUCCUGUUUGAGAAGGCUGAAAACUCUUCAUUAAACCUAAUAGGCAAAGCCAAAGCGAAGAUGCAACACCAGUCAAUAAUCAAUCCAGACUGGGAUUUCCAGAAGAUGGGCAUUGGCGGAUUAGACAACGAGUUCAAUGCUAUCUUUAGGCGUGCUUUUGCAUCACGUGUGUUUCCACCGGAGAUUACUGAGCAGUUAGGCGUUCGACACUGUAAAGGCAUCCUCUUGUUUGGGCCACCUGGUACGGGCAAAACCUUAAUGGCUAGACAGAUUGGGACAAUGCUGAAUGCAAGAGAGCCAAUCAUCGUCAAUGGACCUCAGAUACUGGAUAAGUAUGUUGGUGAAUCAGAAGCCAAUGUUCGCAAGCUGUUUGCUCCUGCAGAGGAGGAAGAAAAGCGGAUGGGACCAAACAGCGGGCUUCACAUAAUCAUACUUGACGAGAUUGAUGCAAUAUGUAAGGCGAGAGGCUCUGUCGCUGGUGCCUCAGGAGUUCAUGACACAGUCGUCAACCAACUGCUGUCAAAGAUAGAUGGAGUUGACCAGUUAAACAACAUACUGGUAAUUGGAAUGACUAACAGAAAAGACAUGAUUGAUGAUGCUCUGUUACGACCUGGCCGAUUGGAGGUGCAGAUGGAAAUAGGUCUGCCUGCUGAGGAUGGACGUGUGCAGAUCUUGAAGAUUCACACAGCAAAGAUGAGGGAAAAUGACAAGCUAGCAGCAGAUGUGGAUCUGUUUGAACUUGCGCAAAUAACCAAGAACUUCAGCGGUGCAGAAAUAGAAGGUCUUGUGCGAGCAGCGACCUCCACAGCACUGAACAGACUAGUCAAGGCAUCAAGUAAAGUAGAGGUUGAUCCCAAUGCUAUAGAAAAAAUCAAGAUCAGCAGAGAAGACUUUCUGAAUGCAUUCCAGAAUGAUAUCAAACCAGCGUUUGGCAUGGCAGAGGAGCAGUUUGAAAGGUAUGUGGCCAAUGGCAUCAUCAACUGGGGUGAGCCAGUCCGUAGCAUCUUGGAAGAUGGAGAUCUUCUUAUCAGCCAGGGGAAAGCUGGAGAGUCAGGAGGUCUUGUCACCGCUUUGCUGGCAGGUCCACCUAACAGUGGCAAGACAGCUCUUGCUGCAAGGAUUGCCAUGAGUUCUGACUUCCCAUUCCUGAAAUUCUGCUCUCCAGAAGAUAUGAUUGGUUUCAUGGAUACUGCUAAGUGUCAAAUGAUUAAGAAGGUUUUUGACGAUGCAUACAGGUCACAAUUGAGUGUUAUCGUCGUAGACAAUGUGGAACGCUUGCUAGAUUAUGGACCUAUUGGACCCAGGUAUUCAAAUUUAGUGCUGCAAGCUCUGCUGGUUCUGCUGAAAAAGGAACCACCAAAGGGCCGGCGGCUGCUGGUGCUUGCUACCACCAGCCGCAAAGAUGUUCUUGGCGAACUGGAAAUGUUGUCAGCAUUCCAGACGGUGUUGCAAGUGUCCAAUAUCUCGACCUCAGAGCAGCUCUUGUCUGUACUAGAGUACCUGGAUGCAUUCAGCUCCAAAGACCUGGACUUUAUUUCCCGAAAGACAGAUAAAAAAAGGAUGUGGAUCGGCAUUAAAAAACUGCUAGGCUUAAUCGACAUGGCCAAACAGACGGAGGAGGCUUACCGUAUACCAAAGUUCCUUAGCAAGUUGGAAGAGGAAGGUGGAUUAGAAAUGUCAUAGGUGACCUUGCUCGUAAAAGCAUCUCUAGGGCUCUAUCUUUAUUUAUAUAUAUAUGGAUGUAUCAUAUGUCAUCUAACCGAAAACAUGAUUGUAUAAGGUAGGGGUGGGACGAUUCAUUGAUAGAUCCAUGUAUAACAAUACAGACCUUGAAGAUACACAUAUCGUUAGGUUUGACUAUUCACAAUACACGUAUCAAAACUCUACUGAAUGAAAUCCAUAUCAUUUAGUAGCGUAGUCUCAUUCAAAAACGAGAAACAUAACAUAAUUCUCAAUUUCAUAGCAGUACAUGUUUUUAUUAAGCACACUGCGUUACUGUUGUGUAAUCGUUCACAUGAUUGGUAAAGUCUCAGAUGAGUGUAUAGUUUUCUAGGUAGUUUCUCCUAAUAGUGUCGCUAUACGUAUCAUAUCGUGAAGGUUGUAUCGUAAUAUAGAUCGUAUCGGGAGCUACUCGUAUCGUCCCACCCCUAGAGUAAGGUGGUGUGUGCAGGGCCGGCUUUGGGAAAUGUUGGGCCCGAAUCAAGUUUCAUGGUGCGUGACCCUUCUCGUUGUCAUUAUUAUUAUAACUGUGCGGCCUGUGCCAUUUUAAAUGUUAAUUUUAGGCAAUUCCAGUUUAGAUAUAAAACAACUUCUUUCAGUUAUAUGAAUUAAAAUUAAACACGUAUUUUACUCUCAAGUUCAAGACUCCGUUAACGUAUGUCAUCUUUUGUGCAAGGCCUCAUGCGGCCGCUUUGCUUGCAUUGUCUGGCGCUGUGUAUGUCGUUUUACAUAAGUUUUAUUGUUUAAAUUUAUUCUCGCUAUUGGGCUUACAAUGAAAGUAAUCUUGUACAUAAUACUGGCAACUUUUGAAAUGGAAAACCCAAUAUGUAACGGAAAUAGUGCAUAAUUUUACUGACACUAAUAGUACAAGCUAAAAUUGCAAAUUCGUAUUCACUUUGAUGGUAAUAACUGAGCAUCUAGUGAACUAGCAUAGUGGAAACAUCAACCCGAUUUUAAGACGGGUGUUUAGUUUUCUGUUUUAUUUCUAUUACUUAUUGAAAUUGAACAGUGAAAUUCGGUAUAUGUAGCAUAAAUUAAACCCAAUUUAACUGAGAAGCCUUCACUUUAUAAUCUCCUCACCUAUAAUUGGUGCUUGAAUUAGUCUGGUUUAAAAAAAAACUAUUUAAAAAUUAUGAUGGUUAUGAAAAUUAAUAAGUUAUUAAAAACCAUUAUUUUGAUUUAAAAAUACAUUGUUCAAAACCAGUUUGUUGGUUUUCUAUCAGCUUAAGUUUCUAACAACAUCAUUUGCAAAUAUUCACAACUUUUCUUGCAUGACAUGUUGGAGACCCGUGUUACUUAUUACCUAGGACAUUACCUACUCAGUGCAUUCCAAUUACCUGUGAUGUCUUGCCACACAGAAGUGCGUGUACGCGUUAUAGCCCUUGUGAUUUGUGUAGCAGGAUUUGGCAAGAAAACGCGGAUGUGUAGCAUAGACUGCUCUAAUACUUAGAUAUAUAUAUAUAUAUAUAUAUAUAUAUAUAUAUAAUAUAUACGUGUAACAUUAGCGUAGAUUCUUGUAUGGGUGCUCUGCAGGCUUUGCUGAAAGUCUCAGUCGUGUGCGGUCAGUAUAAUGUUUGUAAUGCAUGAUGUGGUAAAAACUAUGUUGCACUUUUAACUUUAGCACUGUUUAAAACCGGUUUCUUCUUGUAUUAAAAUUGUAGAUCAAAUUUUCAAAUGAUAGCAGUUCCCAUUAUUUAUGCAUGGCAGUUUUUGUAUAAUUUGUGUUCUUUACAGUUCUGUUGAAAUCCCAUUAACAAUAGAAUGUCUUUUUUAUUAUUUAAAAAAAUAACAUAAGAUUACCGUAAUGUAUGGAUGCAAGAAUUUAUCGUACGAUUAUUUACAUUCUAUACAUGUUUUUGUAUCUUCUCCAAAAUUUGGUGGUAGCUGCCGCUAUAAUUGUGGCCAUCUCCACCCCCAGAGCUAUGGUUCCAGUGUGUGUGUGUUUGUGUGUGUGUGUGUGUGCGUGUGCGUGUGCGUGUGCGUGUGCGUGUGCGUGUGUAGGUGCGUGCGUGCGUGCGUGCGUGCGUGCGUGCGUGCGCGCGUGUGUGCGCGCGCGCGUGUGUGGGUUCGUGCUUGAUCGCAGCUGCAGAGACGACAUUCUAUUAUGUAUGUUCUCCUAUGUGUGGGCGCAUUGUGAAAUGCCUGCUCGUAAAUGCAAUAAAUAUAUCUCGCUCUGUGUGGGUUUACUGUUGUAUGUGUGCUGCGAAUUCAAGCGUAUGCAUAUUUUGCAGAAAUUGUGUAAAAAAAUCUAGCUGUUAUUUACAACAAAUACGAUACAGUCGAUUUUGGCAGUUGUGAAAUUAAAUGAAUAUUACAAACCUAUAAUAAAAUGACAUUAUGAAGAAGUGAUA